AUGUCACCUACCGCCGCUACCCCCGCCGCUGCUGCUGGUGGAAGCCAGAAGCUCGAGAAGAAGCCCGUUAAGUUCUCGAACUUGCUCCUGGGUGCCGGUCUCAACAUGUUUGAGGUGACCACCCUGGGUCAGCCCCUCGAGGUCGUCAAGACCACCAUGGCUGCUCACCGUGGUGACGGGUUCGCCUCUGCCUUGGGACGUAUCUGGUCCCGAGGUGUCUACCAGGGCCUCAUCCCCUGGGCCUGGAUCGAAGCUUCCACCAAGGGUGCCGUGCUCCUUUUCGUCGCGUCCGAGGCCGAGUACUACGCCCGCGCCGCGGGCGCCAACGAUUUCGGCAGUGGCAUCCUGGGCGGCAUCACGGGCGGUGUGGCUCAGGCUUACGCCACCAUGGGCUUCUGCACCUGCAUGAAGACGGUUGAGAUCACCAAGCACAAGCAGGCCGCCGCCGGCGUCGUGCCCGCCUCCACCUUUGCCACCUUUAUGGACAUCUACCGCAAGGAAGGUAUCCGUGGUAUCAACAAGGGUGUCAACGCUGUCGCCAUCCGCCAGAUGACCAAUUGGGGCAGCCGCUUCGGUCUCAGCCGUCUCGCCGAGAGCUGGAUCCGCAAGGCGACGGGCAAGGAGCACAACGAGAAGCUCGGCGCCGCUGAGAAGGUGGUCGCCUCGGCCAUCGGUGGCGGCCUCAGUGCCUGGAACCAGCCCAUCGAGGUCAUCCGCGUCGAGAUGCAGAGCAAGAAGGAGGACCCCAACCGUCCCAAGAAGAUGACGGUCGGCAACACCUUCAAGUACAUCUACUCCAACAACGGCAUCCAGGGUCUCUACCGUGGCGUCGCCCCCCGCAUCGGUCUCGGUGUCUGGCAGACUGUCUGCAUGGUUGCCAUUGGUGACAUUGCCAAGACGUACGUCGAAAAGUUGACUGGCGACGAAGUUUCCGCUAAGCACUAA